UUGCGAUUCUAAGUGUAGCUCGUGUUAUUAUCUCGGUGCGGGGGCUAGGCGAUCGUAUCGGCGGGUAUGAGCUAACAGCCUAUAAAACUCAGUCGGCUUUUUGAUGCCGGUCGGUGUACUAGUGUUCGCGCGUCUAAGCAUGAAAUUAUAAUGGCCGGCAGGAUGCUAAAGUUCAUACGCGGCAAGGGCCAGCAGCCCUCUGCUGAGAGGCAGAAACUUCAGAAUGAACUGUUUGCCUUCCGCAAGACAGUACAACACGGCUUUCCUCACAGAGCAUCAGCGCUAGCAUGGGACCCCCUCCUCAGGGUGGUAGCGCUUGGCACAGCCACCGGCGCCCUGAAGGUCUACGGAAGACCAGGCGUCGAGCUCUACGGACAGCACACAAACUCAGACUCCAGCGUCACACAGAUACACUUUAUUCCUGGCACAGGCCGACUAGUAUCACUAUCAGACGACAACAGCCUCCACUUAUGGGAGAUAAACGAGAAAUCCUUAGUGGAGCUGAAGACAUACCUAUUCGAAGGCAAGAAUAAAAAAAUCUCGUCUCUAUGCGUCGAGUCUACGGGGAAGCACCUGUUGAUCGGUACUGAGGGGGGGAACAUAUACAACCUGGACCUUAACACGUUCGCCGUCACCGAAGAUGUGAUAUAUCAGGAUGUUGUUAUGCAGAAUUGUCCAGAAGACUUCAAAGUGAACCCUGGCGCAGUGGAAGCUCUCUGCGAGCACCCGAAGGUCCCGUCGCGACUGCUUAUAGGCUACAACCGAGGCCUCGUCGUGUUAUGGGACAGGGUCGCCGCGGCACCAACGCACACAUUCGUCUCCAACCAGCAGCUGGAGAGCUUGUGUUGGAAUGAUGAAGGCGAGCACUUCACAUCGUCCCACAACGACGGGUCCUACGUAACAUGGGAGGUGGCCGGAGCCAACAGUGACCGGCCUCUGAAGGAACCCAUCACGCCUUACGGACCCUACCCCUGCAAGGCCAUCAACAAGAUCCUCAACAGGACCAGCGUUGAUGGCGAUGAGAUCACUAUUUAUGCAGGUGGUAUGCCACGAGCUUCAUACUCCGACAAAUACACAGUCACAGUACAACAGGGCGAGAAACACGUUGCAUUCGAUUUUACUAGCCGAGUAAUCGAUUUCUUCACAACGACCCCGGUGCCGCCCGACGGUGUGCCGCUACAGGAGGACCGGCCCGACACUCCCGCGCAGAUGCAGUUGCAAACUGUCAACCAAGUUGCCGCUGCUUUGGUUGUAUUAGCAGAAGAAGAACUUGUAGUAAUAGACCUAUGCGACGAUCGCUGGCGUCCUCUCCGCCUACCGUACCUGGUCUCCAUCCACGCGUCCGCCGUCACCACCGCGCAGUUGGUCGACAAUGUUGCGUCCAACGUCUACGAGAAUAUCGUCGCUGCUGGUCAACAGCAAAGCGAGAAUGUCUACUCGGAAAGCGCGUGGCCGAUCUCCGGCGGCGUCGCGGAGACUCCCGAGCAGGCGGAGCGACAACUGCUACUCACGGGCCACGAAGACGGCUCUGUACGGUUCUGGGACGUUAGCGGAGUCGCCAUGACUCCUCUCUACAAAUAUACUACAGCGCAACUGUUCAGUGGUGAAGAAAUAGGCGAGAACAACGACAGUCAGACCGACGAAGAGGAAUGGCCUCCUUUCAGACGAGUGGGAACCUUCGACCCCUAUAGUGACGAUCCACGACUUGCUGUCAAACGGGUAAUCCUAUGCCCACUUUCCGGAAUGCUGACAAUCGGUGGUGCCGCUGGUCACAUUGUUAUCGCGAGCCUCAAGACGUCAUCAAACACUGCUGAAGUUAAGUCUGUGACAGUGAACAUCGUAUCAGAUCGCGACGGCUUUGUGUGGAAGGGACACGAUCAGCUCACUUUAAGAUCAGGAUCACUAACAUUCCCACAAGGAUAUCAGGCGAGCUCAGUGGUGCAGCUGGUCCCCCCGGCGGCGGUGACGGCGCUGGCGGCGCAGUGGGAGUGGGGCGUGGUGUGCGGCGGCACGGCGCACGGGCUGGCGCUGCUGGACGCGCUGGCCUGCCGCCCGCUGCUGCACAAGUGCACGCUCAACCCGCACGAUCAUUCCGGUGCUGGCGACACGCCAAUUUCAAGAAGAAAGUCGUUCAAGAAGUCCCUGAGGGAGUCGUUCAGAAGACUGCGGAAAGGAAGGUCACAGCGGCGACAGACUACCACGUCGAGCCCCACUUCACCCACACAACCAAUCCCGAAAAAGCCCACAGACAAGGCGGCAUCAGACACGGACGCAGAAUUAAAGCCCGUAGAGCGGGCGAUUGAAGCGAGGCCUACAGAUGACGGGUUCGGCUCUAUGGUGCGCUGUCUAUACUUCGCUAGGACAUUCCUUAUUAACACACAAAACUCAACACCAACCCUAUGGGCGGGCACAAACAACGGCACAGUUUACGCGUUCACGAUAACCGUCCCCAACACGAACAAGAGGAAAGACGAGCCCGUCACCUGCCAGCUCGCCAAGGAGAUACAGCUCAAGCACCGCGCCCCCGUCAUCGGCAUCACCGUGCUCGACGGAGCUGCCGUGCCGCUGCCUGAGCCGCUAGAGGUUGAGCGCGGCGUGUCCCCGCUGCCGGAGAGCGGCACGCACCGCGUGGUGAUCACGUCGGAGGAGCAGUUCAAGGUGUUCACGCUGCCCUCGCUCAAGCCGCACAACAAGUACAAGCUCACCGCGCACGAGGGCGCCAGGGUCCGUCGCACAGCGUUCGCGUGGUUCGAGUGCCCCGGGGCCGCGGGCGGGCUGCACCGCGAGUGGUGCCUGCUGUGCCUCACCAACCUGGGCGACUGCCUCGUGCUCAGCCCCGAGCUGCGCCGCCAGCUCAACGCCGCCGCCGUGCGCAAGGAGGACAUCAAUGGCAUUUCAAGUUUAUGCUUCUCGAAACGAGGCGAAGCUCUCUACUUGCAUUCUUCGUCAGAAUUACAACGGAUCACUUUGUCUGCUACUAAGGUGACGAUAGCACAGUGCCACAUAAUUCUGUCGCCGUGGGCGGCCGCGCUGCGUGGUGCAGUAGAAGAACCGCCGCUAACGAAUGGCGAACACAAGGAGGAGUCAUCAGAAGCGCCUCACGACGUGACAGCGGCGUCGGCCGACAUCACGGUAGACUCCGUACGCGACCACACGCAGGCGCCGACCGACAACCAGGCCGCGCCCGAACUUAAUAUUAACUUACAGAACUCGCAAGUAAACACAUCGUCUAUGGUGGUGAAGACCACCACGCGCACCACGGUCAGCGAUACCAACGGUGAUGGUACUACCACCACCACCACUACCAACAGCACCAGUGAGAACAUCCUAGAGCACAGUCGCGAGGAAGGAGUCAUCACGCGCAUCGAGACGGGCACAGUGACGGUCCCGGCCGGCACCGACCCCAAGCUGAUCCUCGAGAUGUUUGACCGCCAGCGCUCGCCGCUCGCCGUGCCCGUGCCGCCGCAGCCCGCCGCCGCCGAGACCAACUAACCGCGCACAACACCCAACUAUGCACUACGCUGCCGGCCCCCAUACCGGCUCUAUAUUCCGCCACUUGUCUAUUCCAACCGUAUCGUUCAACCGGUAUUCAAACCACCGACCCCAGACGAAAUACCGGCGUUUUUUAUCAUUUGACAAAAAUUGUAUUAAGAGUGACAACGUUUAGUUUUUAAUACAACUAGUAUAAUUUGUAAACGUAUUUAUAGCGAUAAAUUUCCUUCUAUGCCUAGACAGCUAAAGGUACUGCCAUGAAAUCAUUUCUCCUUAUUAACGAAAGUCAAUUCGGUUAAUCUAGGUAUUCGAAAACUAUCCAAUUAGGAGCAUUUCUUGUACAUUUAUGUAUUAUGUAAUUCCUUCGUGUUUUUAAGGUCUAUUUGCAUUUUAUUAUGUUAACUAUAAUAUUAUUUACUAUCGGUUUAUGUGGCUUGCAUGUUUAUAUUAUGGCGACUACUUUGGAUGUAAUUUUCUUUGCAAUGUUGUGUAUUAUUUAGUUAAAAAUAUAUAAAUAGAUGCUUAAUCUGUACUUAACAGUAUCACGAGAAUUUUCUAUUAAAUGAGAUUAUGUUAACUACAUUAUUUAAUUGUUCUUAGUUCUAUUUUUAACAUGGCAACCCGAGGUAAUGCUUGCAAGCUUCAGUAUGUGAACACAGAGCUUCGUCGCGUAGGCAUCCAGGCGACCAAUCCAUAACAAAAUGUAACGAGUAUGUUUAUGUUAGUACAAAAUCCGGAACGCCAUAGCAACGUUUGUUGUAACCAGCAAUACUACAAUAUAAUUGUGGAUUGUUUUAAGUAAUUUAUAGUUAAGAGAACAAUGUGAAAUUAAUAUUCUAAUUUAGCUCGUUAAGUUAGUAUUUCGAACAUUCGGAGUGAAUGUGAUGUGCCUAUUUAUUUCUUUUUUAUUAUAAUAAAGAUUGUAUCUAGGUGAUAGCAUUAGAAACAUUUGACAAUUAGUAACGACUAGAUUAUAUUUUAUUAUGAAUAGCAUUUAGAUUUUCCACAGCAAGUUGGAGUGAACAUUUUUAUUGCCAAUUUUAUAUUAAUAUUAUAGACAAAUUGUUGUAUUACCUUGCAGUGUUUCACUUAAAUUGAAAUGUAUAUUCAGUAAAUAUUAAUUUUAAUAAAUUAUAAUGUUGUACGAAUGAAAAGUUUUAUGCAAUAUUUUUUUAGCUUUUUAAUCCUUUUAUUUUUUAACCAGUUUGCAAUUUUAUUUUGUACCUUAAUUGGAAUAUUCUGUUAUGUUUUAAAAAUCAAUGGCAGCUAGUUAUAUCGGAACAUGUUUGAGCACAUCUUACUACACAUCACAAUUGUGAUCUAAGGGGAUUGAUUAUUGUUUUAGACAUAUAUUUUAUUCAUAGAUAUAAGUUAAUGUGCCUGUCUUUUGUUGGUAAAUUGGGCCUCUUUCGGGCCGUAUCAACAACCAUAGUAACAUUUACUGUAGGAAGCGUCAAGGGUACUCAUAUGGCGUCCAAAAUGCUUCUAUUUAUAGUAUAUACAAUUUUUCUCCUUAUACUGUGGCAUUUUAAUAAACAUUUGAUACGAAAUUAGCAAUUUGUAUCCAACAUUCUUACAAGAAAUAAAAGCUAAGACUAUAUGAAA